UACGCUAGUGUUUUGUUAAUUUUUUAAAAUUGUUCUUUUCAUUAAAUUUAUUAGCAAAUAUUUAAGGAAAUUAUGUUAAAGUAUUAAAACAUUAGUAUAGUGACAAAGUUAUAAUGAAAUUAUAUGAAUUAUUUACCCUUUUGGGUAUUUUUGUGGCAGCCAACGGUCAAUACAAUCAAUUGCAAGAACAAUAUUGUACUAUACCUAAGAUUCUGCAAGGAUCAUGGUUUUCUUGGGAAUCUGGCUAUCCCACACAAACGGUAAUAGAUGCCAGGCAAAUGAGUAAGCGAGGCUACUGCAUAACAAUGGAAAAACAUCACGGCGAUGAGUAUUCUUUUGUAUUUGAAGAACGCGGCAAGGGCUGUUACCACUGUGUAAAGACUUUCAUAAGAACUUUAAAUAUUUUCGAGAAAUUUGAGAGUCCUUGUGUUACUAUAGCAGAUGGUGCUAAACCCUCGGUACAAACUGUUUGUCGCGGCAUUAAGGAUGAUCAGCAAUUGAUUACUUUGUUCAACGAAAACUUUAUACCCAUCAAUUGCCGCAGUUCUUUGGAAGGUGUUUGGCACUUUACCUAUCAGAAUCGUUUCCGUUUUACAGGGGUAUGCGAUAAACCUGAUGCCAGAAUACAGUCCUGCCAAACGGCCGGUACUCAGUUCUUGAUACAAAAUCAAAAGUUCAACAUCACCUAUCAGCAGUGCGAGGGUAUGGAUGGCACAUUUAGUGGCAUUGUGGAAUACAGUUGUUUGGGUGAUUGGUUUGUGGGUAAAAAUCAUUACUUUGCCGUGGCCAAUACAAAGGAAUCACGUAAAGAUGAAAAAUAUCGUUGUUUACUCAAAAAUCGUGACGAUGACCUGUAUGUGGGUGUAUCCAUUACUGCCGAGUGUAACACACUAAAAACUCCCGAAAAUUCUCCGGAACGUCUAAAACUUACCCCCGUCAAAGCGGAAUAUGUUGAGCCUGGAUGCACUUUACCACAAAAUUUUUCCGGCGAAUGGGUUAAUACGGCCAACAUAGAUGCUGAUGUCAUUAUUAGUGAGACGCAUAUAAAUGAAACCUAUUAUCCGGAUACGGCACGUUAUAGGCGCACCAUUUAUGUAUGUCGUGAACGUCGUGGUAAUCGUAUUAUGAUGGCUCGCCUUACUGUCGACGGUUGUCAGAAGGAUUAUGUUUGUUUUGAUUUUAUGCCCCGCCAUCACAACAUUAUUCGUUAUCGCAAGGGUUUGGCUGUUAUUAAAGAUGAUUUCAGUACGGUAUGUUCGUGGGUUCAAUUUAAAAAUGAUGAAGCUUGGAAAUAUGAUUUGUUUUUGGCAAAAAAUCCUGUACCUGUGAGAUGUCCAGUAGCCGGUAAAUUUAAUUUUACACAACGUGGUGAACAUCCUUUUAAAACAAGAAUUUUGGGUGGCGUUACAUUGAGUCCACGUCCUGAUAUACGCUGCAAACAAAACAUUUCCGAUUUAUCAGUGUGCGAUACAGAUCAAAAAGAAAUGGCGGUCGAUGAAAACUAUUGUUUAUCUGUAGAUCAUUUGGGCAGACCGGUAGACAUUUACAGUGAUCCUGAUUAUCGCAUGAAAUGUAUCGGUUUUUGGAAGGAAAAUUUGAAGUCAUACUUAAUAACAUAUGACGAUUUGGAUCCAUUAUCUAAAUACAGAUGUUGGGUAUAUCAAAGGGCCGAUUUAAACAGAGUUUUAAUGUCACAAGCUGCGGGCGCCUUUUGCAAACUCAAUCAAGACGUAAGUUCCUGGAAUCACAGCGAGGGAGCUGCUGUCGCCAUUGAUGCCAUCGAAUACGAACGAGAACGCGAUGACUGCCCCAUGUAUUUUGAUGAUGGUGAAAAUCCAUGGCGUCAAUCUGAUGCCUCCAAUAUUAUAUUCGAUUGGGACUUUUAUAAGGCCGGUGCUAGUCGUCUCGAAGCAUUAGUAAAUGUGGAAAUUUUUUUGACUUUAACAUUGGGUUUUCUACUCAUAAAAUUAUUACAUUUUUAUGUUUAACCUAGAGUUCAUUUAGGUAUUUCUAUAAGUAAAAUUCAUUUAGUAACAAUUUUUUACCAAAACCAUUUACAUAUAUACAAAUUCGAAAUAUCUAAGAAUCUCUUUGUAACAAACAAAUGUGUCUUAUUAGUUGUAAGUUUAUAUAAAAAUUUGUUGUAUAAUUUCAAAACCUCCCUCCAUUCCAAUGUAUUUUUACAAUUAUAUUAAUAUUUUAAGUUCGUCCAUUCCGUCCCUAGUUGUAGCAUGUUGAAUAAAUACAUCACCAACGAAAUUAUUGGAACUGUUUUAUACAAAUUAUAUAUGAGUAGUAUAAAAAUAAAAUGUAUUAACGAUGUAGUAAUAAAAGAAA